GGAAGUGAGAAACUACUACGCAUGUGAAGCCGGGUGUAAACACGCGCGUUUGAGUCCAAUGUUUACAACACAGAAAGCGAUUUUAAAGUGAAUACGCGUAUCCUGCUUAUAAUGGAAAUGCAGUACAUUUUAAUAAGGACUCUAACAUUGAGUAAUCCGACCUGUCAGUGAAUGUAUGGAUGUGAGUAGCGGAUUUUAAUCCACAAUAAACACCAAAUGAUGGACAGAGGGAAUGUUAUGGAUUUGUUUAGCAGGGAAAAGCCAGUCAGAGUCUGUGCACCAAUGGUCCGCUAUUCAAAGUUGGCUUUUAGGACUUUGGUGAGGAAAUAUGACUGUGAUGUUUGCUUCACACCAAUGAUCAUUGCAGCUGAUUUCAUGCGAUCUGCAAAAGCUAGAGACAGUGAAUUCACCACCAAUAAGAACGACCGACCUUUGAUUGUUCAGUUUGCUGCGAAGGAUGCACAGACGCUGGCAGAUGCCGCAUGUGUGGUUUCUCCUUUUUCAGAUGGGGUAGAUUUAAAUUGUGGCUGUCCACAAAGGUGGGCAAUGUCUGAAGGCUACGGUGCAUGUCUGAUAAACAAACCUGAGCUUGUGAAAGACAUGGUUCGACACGUCAGAAACCAAAUAGACAAUCCCAACUAUGCUGUGUCCAUUAAAAUAAGAAUCCACAAAGACGUUCGUCAGACGGUGGAUCUCUGUCAGAAGGUGGAGGCCGCAGGAGUGUCUUAUAUCACUGUUCAUGGACGCACAGCCAUUGAGAGACACCAGCCUGUUCACUACGACACCAUUAAAACCAUCAAAGACAGUCUUUCCAUCCCAGUCAUCGCUAAUGGAGACAUCAAGAGCAUGCAGGACGUAGAGGCUGUCUGUGAACUCACUGGAGUGGACGGAGUGAUGUCCGCUCGGGGUCUGCUGUCCAAUCCGGCCAUGUUUUCUGGCUUCGAGGAGACGCCGCUGCAGUGUGUGUGGGAUUGGGUGGACAUCGCUGCUGAACACGGCACUCCGUUUACCUGUUUCCACCAUCACCUGAUUCACAUGCUGGAGCGAAUCACAUCCCAGCCUGAGAGGAGGGUGUUUAAUAACUUAUCCAGCACGUCUGCCGUCAUCGACUUCCUACACAACACAUAUGGCUCCAUGUAGAUGCUUUUAAGCAAUGUACUGUUUUAUAUAAUAAAGGCACACAUGACAAACA